AUGUCUCUUGUUGCUGAUUACAGCUCGGACGUUUCGAGUAGCGACGAAGAAAUCACAUCAACUGAAAUAAAGACAGAAACUCCAGAAAAAACUUCAAUAUCUUCCUUACUCCCACCGCCAAAAGCCCUAUCUAAAAGCAAGAAGGACGGUCCCGUAAAAAUUGUAGUUGAUUUACCGCAAAUCAGUCAAGUAGAUCUUGAGGAAGAAAAUUUAUCAAAGAAACAGAAAACAAGCACCCCAAAUAGUUUAUUUGCACUUUUACCGGCACCCAAAAGAACUAUAACAAAUGAGCGGAAGCCAAACAACAAUGGAUCGACAACUCAAGCUGCAUUAAAAACAACAAAUUUUAUGCCUCAUGCGAUCACAAGAAAGAAACCCGUCAUGCAAGCAAAAUCUGAUACAAAAAAUGAGGAUGAUACUGAAGACGUAAACACAAUUACGGAAGCAUUUUUUCCGUUAGGGCCUGAAAUAACGAAUAUAAAAUCAAUUAAUGAGACCAAGGAUGCGUCAACAGCUUCUGUUACCACUAGAGACAAUAUUGAACCUUAUGCGAUUGCAGGUGCAACUGACACUUCUUUUCCCACAGAUGGAUAUACAUAUAACGAAUAUUAUAAUGAUGGCCAAUGGCAAGGAAAUGCAAAUGCUUACGUAGAAUAUCAAGGAAUGUAUGAUGAACCACAACAUGAAAUAGAAAGUGAGCAGGCACAAUUGAAUUGGGAACUAGAUGACGAAAUGAAAUUGGGAGGUCGAAGAGGAAAGAAAGAGGGGCCAAUUAAAAUUAAAGAAAUUAACGCAGCCGAUCAAAUGGCUGAUUCAUGGCAAUCUCAAGUUGCCAAUUUGUCAAAACCGACCAGAGGAUCAAGCGAAGGAUCUGCGCGUUUAAAACCUACUAGAGGUCAGAAGAGAAAACAUAACCUAAUGUAUUUAGCUUUUCAUGCAACUGCAAUGGAAAGUGAAUUGAAAGAACAGCAUGCGUCAAAUAGAAAAACUAAGAGAGAAACACAAGCAAAAUAUG